AUGGAGGGAAAUCCCGCUGAGCAUGAUGAGGCUGUAUCUCAAUUCUGUACUAUGACUGGAACCCAGGCUUCAGAGGCCCAGGAAUAUCUUGCUGCCAAUGGGUGGGACAUCGAAGCUGCCGUAACAGAGUUCUUUGCAGAGCAGGAUGAAGCCUUACAGGACACCACCACUGGUGGUGAGCAGCAAAUAGGCACAGAGGGUAGUUCUCGAGCUUCUGGGGGUAGGACUCUCGGGGGAGGUACCGUACCGGCUUCAUCAUCCACCGCAGUUUCAUCCUCAUCAUCCGCCCGACGAGCUGCGCCCAAGAAGAAGUUUGCAACGCUGGGAGACUUUGCUUCUGGGGGAGGUGGCGGCGGUGGCGAUUCAUCCGAUGGUGAUGACACGGAUGAUCAUGAUUUCUUUGCAGGUGGUGAAAAGUCCGGACUAGCUGUGCAGAACCCGGAUGAUUUGAAAAAGAAGAUCCUUGAAAAGGCCCGCAGGGCACAGCCUCCUCCACCCGACGCCCCUCAGCCAAGGGAAUCAUAUUUCACCGGCACUGCCCGCACACUCGGCGGUGACGAUACACCAAGUCAGGUGAUUGAAAGUCCCUCGGCGCCCAGUCAACAGCGUUCCUUGCGUGUUCAACGGACUCUUCAUUUCUGGGCUGAUGGAUUUUCUGUUGAUGACGGUGAACUGUUUCGGUCAGACGACCCGCGCAAUGCAGAGAUCCUAGACGGUAUCCGCCAAGGCCGCGCUCCUCUUUCCAUCAUGAAUGUUCAACCUGGGCAGGAGGUCGAUGUGGAACUCAAGCAACAUGAAGAGAAGUACACCAAGCCCAAGCCCAAGUACAAGCCUUUCGCGGGCUCUGGACAGCGCCUCGGUAGCCCGACACCCGGCGUACGGAGUCAGGCCCCCACACCUUCGUCCUCUACAGCUAUGUCAUCUGCCCAGGAGCCAGCAAAGCCCAAGGUGGACGAGUCGCAACCCACAGUUACUCUCCAAAUCCGCCUAGGAGACGGUGCACGUUUAACCUCCCGGUUUAACACCACUGCCACCAUUGGCGAUGUAUAUGCGUUCGUUGCUGCUGCUACGCCGGAUGGUGCAAACCGUGCAUGGGUCUUGAUGACAACUUUCCCUAGCACGGAGCUCAAUGACUGGAGUGUCGUUCUCGGCGACAUUCCCGAUUUCAAACGUGGAGGUGUUGUUGUCCAGAAGUGGCAUUAA